AUCCCUGUGCAAGUCAGCAUGUUUGCACACACAGAGCUUUGCAAGCUGGAGACUGUAGUCCUGUUCAGUCAAGAGCCACAAGCCCUGGUGAUUAUACAAAGUGGACAAGAACCACAUAGCCCAGAAUGACUUUCUACGCCUGCUUAUUUAUCCAGUGGUUACGGGAUGAACUGAAAUGGUGACCGAUUGGAUGUUGCAUCAGCUGGUUUUGGACCAAGAAUCAUCUGUCUGGGAUUUCUGAUUUUGCCAGCACACAGGACUGCUACUGGACAUGCAACCAGGUGUGAGGGUCUGUGUGCCCACUGCGACUGUGCUGGGCCUGCUUUGCCGAGGUUGUCUCAGCAGGGCGCCGGGUUUUCCGGUUCGCAGCUUUAGCUGUUUUCCCAGGCAGAUGAGUAGGUGGAGCAGCCAGGAGACCUGCGGCCCCCCACCUCCUCAGGAAAACCCCCGUGUCCUCAUCACAGGUGGUCUUGGGCAGUUAGGUGUGGGACUUGCGCAGUUACUGAGGAAACAGUAUGGAACAGAGAAUGUAAUCCUGUCAGACAUUAAGAAGCCUCCACCUCAUGUUUACAGCAGUGGCCCAUUUGUUUAUGCUGAUGUGUUGGACUACAAACUUCUCAGAGAACUGAUUGUAAAUAAUCGUAUCACUUGGCUGGUCCACUACAGCGCUCUGCUUAGUGCUGUGGGUGAGGCUAAUGUGGCUUUGGCACGCAAGAUCAACAUCACAGGCCUUCAUAACGUGCUGGACUUGGCACUAGAGAACUGCCUACGGCUCUUUGUCCCCAGCACCAUCGGGGCGUUUGGUCCCUCUUCUCCACGUGACCCGGCUCCUGACCUCUGUGUCCAAAGGCCUCGAACCAUCUAUGGCGUGUCCAAAGUGCAUGGAGAGCUGAUGGGGGAGUAUCUCCAUCAUAAAUAUGGUCUGGACUUUCGCUGCCUGCGUUACCCAGGUGUGAUUUCAGUCAACACAACUCCUGGAGGAGGAACAACAGACUAUGCAGUUCAAAUCUUCCACGAUGCUCUCAGCACAGGUCACCACGAAUGCUACCUGCGUCCCAACACUCGUCUUCCCAUGAUGCAUAUCUCUGACUGCCACCGAGCCACAGUAGAGUUCAUGCAGGCUCCAGAGUGCCAGCUGUCCCUGCGUACAUACAACAUCGCGGCCAUGAGCUUCACUCCGGAAGAGGUGGCCCAAGAAAUCCGCAAGCAUCUCCCUCACCUCAAGGUCACCUACAAUCCCGACUCUGUCCGACAGACCAUCGCAGACAGCUGGCCUGUGAGGUUUGACGACUCGAAUGCCAGGAGAGACUGGGGCUGGGCACCAGCUUUCGGGCUUGAGGAGCUGGUGUCAGACAUGCUGCGCUCCAUUCGAGACAUGAGGACAAAUGAGGGUUUGUCAGUCAGCUAGCGAAACCUGACUGACCAAUGCCCUACCCUUGACUUUUUAUUCAGCCUGCAUUUACCACCAAUACGCUUCCUUUCAGUUCACUUUCACAGGUCGUCAACCACUAUCCUCCGUUACUCUGGAACAUUACGACAGUGAGCCAGAGACUGUUUGUAAAGUAGAAAUUCUCCGUCAGAACCUCUCAGUAUACAGUGGACAGUGAGAUGUCAUACGCAUGCACUCAAACACGCACAUUUCAGUCUUUUUCAGGGAAUCACACACUGUUAAACCUUAUCUUCAUCUUUGUUGUUUUUAAUUGUUAUCAUAUAGUACAAGCAUCACUUUACACAUGGGUAUGUUGCCUCAGAUGGAACGGAAAAAUACUUUUAAGAUUUCCACAUGUCAUGUUAAUUGCAUCCAUGGACACAACAGUCUGUUACAAUGUCUAUUAAAAUGUCUAAUACAAUAUGGACCAGUUACACAUUGAAAGUAACAAACCUGUUUAUACUUUAAUUUCAGGAUCAUCUGGAAUCGCAGGCUCAGUUAACUCUGGAUUGUAAUGACUCAUCAUGUAUUCUGGCUGUUUUAAAGGGCAGUCUUUUAUAAUAUAGUUUAUCAACUGAAAAUCACACACUGUAUACAACCUUAUUACCCUUGCUGUGGCAUCUAAUAGGAAGCCUUUAUUUUAUUUUUUUGCCAGCCGUGUGAUUUUGGUUGUGAACGAGUAUCAAUAACAAAUAAAGCCUUAUUUACUGUAGUACUUUUGAAAACAAAGUAUAAAAUGUAGUGUACUUUGAAUUAGACCUUGAAUAAUAAAAACAAACAGCACUGAUUAUUGUAGAUUCUUGAACUUCAUGUAUUCUAAAUGAUGUAAUGUAAUAUAUGUAAUGUAAUACUUCCUCCUGAGUGGGCAAUGAUGAUUAUGAUGAUGCUGACAGCUAUAUUGAUUAUAGUGGUAAUUAUAGGCACAAUUCUGAGGUACUUGUACUUCAGCAUUUCCAUAUUCCAAUAAUAUUUCUACUCUAUUACACCUCAGUUAUUUUAUCCUUCCCUCCACAAUUUUUAGAGCUGCAACGAUUGACUGAUUAAUUAAUUAGCUGAAUCAAAAAUUGCCAACUUUCUUGAUAAUUGGUUUAUUGUUUCAGUCAUUUUUCAAGAAAAAUUAUAACAAGCCUUUUCACAAUUUUAGGACAUU